UUUUGGCUUGAAGAAAAGUUUUAUAAAUAGUAUUUCAAAGUGGACCGACUCAAUCGUUGUGAUUUAAACCCACUACCAUGCCGAGUUUUUACUGCUAUGUUCUUAAUAAUUCUUGUCAGGAGAGAUGUUUUUGUUAGUUUCUGAUUUUUAAUCGUCGUCGAUAACUGCAGUUCUAAUAAAAAUGUGGAUAAUCGAUCAGGUUGAGAUCAAAAUUGGCCAAAUUAAUUUGGACAGACUCCGAUUGGUGAAGAAAUAGGCUACAUUCACUACAGGCAUUAAAACUUUCAACUCACCCUUGCUAAAGCUGAGUGGCAGCUUUUCAUUCAUAAUAAUCUUGUAAUUCUUAAUUUUUUGUUGCACCUAAACCUGUUAUUUCGAUCAGUAUCUUCUGCUUUUGUAUGUCAUUGAAAAGAAAAGAACGAGGCCACAAAAAUAAUCAGUGCUAGAGAGCCUGAAAUGUCAGUUUUGUACCUGUCAGUGUUUUUAAUGUGUUGACUGUAUCCCGUCUUACCAAAUUAAAUAUACCAACAAUUUAAAUUAAUUUAGCACUUGUUUUUAAAGCUGCACUUCAAACCAGAAACAAAUCAGAAGACUGAUUAACUUACAAAUUAGUAAUACUUUUUUCCUGCUAUUACUUACUAUAAAUUGUGAACUGUAUUCAUAAGUGAUGUGCUUUGCUUUCUGCUGUGUCAAUCAGGCUGCUGAGUGUUGUGCUGGAAGCUAAAACAGCAGAACUAUUAAAACAAGCAGAGUGAAUUAUGGUUAUGAAUAUAUUUGCUUUUACUCAUGUGGCAAAUUUAUUGAAACUUAUAGACUUAAGUUAGCCUGUUGAUGGAGAAAAAUGUAAAACCAAUCAGGAUUUCUUUCAAAGGUCAAACAGAUUCUUAUGGGUUUUAGACGGUGGAGAGUGAAGUUCAGUCAAAGCCAACAUGCUGCUCUUGAAUAUGGAAGAUAAACAGUUCCACUGCAGGAUUUCAAAGUCCAAAGCAAGAGCCAUGCAGGAAUCUGGAAAGAAGAAUUGGGCCAAUAGAAGGGGGUCAGUAACAGCAAAAUACAUGGAUUCUGACCAUGAAGAAAAGGAGGAGAAAAUCAAUGGUUGUGUUCAGAAAAAGACUGCAGCUCUUUCUGACCAUGACUCCAGGGUUUUAAGAACCAAGCUACACAUUGUGCAAGAAGAACUUGAUCUGCUUUCCACUGAAUAUCAUUAUCAGAAUGAUGAAUUUGGAAAGCUUUUUGCAACAAAUAAGAGGCUGGGCGAUGAUCGAGCCAGACUGCAGAAGACCAUUUGUGUCCAGAAAAUACAAAUUGAGGAGCAGAAAGCUUCGAUUAAAGAUCUUGCCCACAAAUGUCAUGAUCUCCGUCUGCAAGUGUAUGACUUAAGCAAGCUGGUUAGAGGUUAUGAUGAGGAAGUGGAGAAGAUGAACUGCCAGCUGACUGCAGCCAAUCUGGUGAAGAAGAAGAAGAUCCUGAGUAGUGAAGAAAAUCUAAAUAUAGAAAAUCUGCUGGCUGAGAACAAAAACCUCAAGAAGCAAAAAUAUGACCUUAUUUUGGGUUUCAAGAAGCAAACCAAGCUGAUCGACAUUCUGAAAAGACAGAUAAUGCACCUUGAGGCAGCAAAGCUGCUGUCCUUCACGGAGGAUGAGUUCAUCAAGGCCAUGGUGGAGACACAAUAAACUUAUCCUCACUGUCCUUCUUA